AUGUGCUCGUACACCACCUUGGACUUUAUUGAAAUGUACCAGCACACCCAGCCUCUCUUUGAUGCCCCACACGGUGACCUCGCUACCUUUUACAUGGAUGUGCCCGCGUCAUUUGAUGCCAUGAUGGAACUAUUAAACUUUCAGUUUAACGGCAUCCACGAGGAAGUGUCGGCCUUUGUAAACAACCUAUAUAGCCUGGUCGAGAAGGAGGUCCCCAAGAAAAACUGUAUGGAGAUUGUGUCCCCUCCGAGUGCAGGAAAAAACUUUUUUUUUCACCCCGUUCUUUCCUUUUACAUUAACCGCGGUACGAUCCGUAACUUUAACCGCUACACUAGCUUUCCACUUCAGGACACCGUGGGCCGUCGCAUCCUGGUGUGGAACGAGCCAAACUGUGAGUCGUCUGCUUUUGAUACUGUUAAAAAAAUUUUUGGCGGUGACGUAGAUUCGGUGGCGGUCAAGUACUCGGCUGAUCAGACCAUUUCCAGGACGCCCGUCAUUGUGCUCUCAAACAACGAGGUGUUUCCAGAUGACGAGGCCUUCAACCACCGCAUGUGGCGCUACAAGUGGCGAGCGUGUCCUCCACUAAAGAAAUAGGACAAGAAGAUCCACCCGAUGGCCCUGGUCCUCCUGUUUGAUGCUUUUGUACUCGAAGAAACAUACGUCGGCACGCGCCAGCUUGAUCAAUAAACAGCUUUCAACCUAACAUCCUGAGUACUUGGUCAAUGCUUUGCAUUUUCCGACUACACCGACACCGAC